AUGUGGCUUCCGAAGUUCCAGUUUCCCUCGAGGUCUAUAGCUAAGGGUAUAUUUCGGGGGUACAACUUUCCCUCGCUAGUGCGACUGACAUCAACUACUGUCAUCUCUCAAAGUAAUGGGAACAUUCCAACGCAAUACUCGGAGCUUUCCCCACUACUCGUUAAGCAGGCAGAAAAAUAUGAAGCUGAAUUGAAAGAACUCGAUAAGGAUCUUUCUAGCGGGAUUCAUUUUGACGUGAAUAAGCAAAAACAUCACGCUAAGUUAUCAGCACUGACGGACGCAUUUACUGAAUACAAAGAAAAAAUAAGUGAAUUGAAAGGGUUACAGGAGAUGAUUGUAUCUGAUCCAUCAUUGAAGACAGAGGCAGAGCAAGAAUACGUAGAGCUGGUCCCCAAAUAUGAAGCAAUCUCCUCAAGACUAGUAAAUAAACUUCUUCCGCCGCAUCCGUUCGCAGAGAAACCUAGUUUGUUAGAACUUCGACCAGGUGUAGGUGGCAUUGAAGCCAUGAUUUUUGCUCAAAAUCUGUUGGAUAUGUAUAUUGGCUACGCAAAUAGCAAAAAUUGGAAAUAUCGAAUUAUAUCGAAAAAUGAAAACGAAAGUGGGUCAGGUAUCAUCGAUGCUAUUCUGAGUAUCGAAGAACCUGGCUCUUACAAUUGGUUAAGGUUUGAGGCAGGCGUUCACAGAGUACAAAGAAUACCCAGUACAGAGACCAAGGGAAGAACGCAUACAUCCACUGCGGCCGUGAUUGUAUUACCCCAGAUGGGUGACGAAUCUGCCAAGUCUAUUGAUGCAUAUGAAAGAACAUUCAAACCUGGUGAAAUAAGAAUUGACAUCAUGCGUGCAAGUGGUAAAGGUGGACAGCAUGUGAAUACGACGGAUUCCGCAGUCAGGCUAACCCAUAUUUCCUCCGGCAUCGUUGUUUCAAUGCAAGAUGAAAGAUCUCAACACAAAAACAAAGCCAAGGCAUUCACGAUCCUAAGAGCAAGACUUGCAGAGAAAGAAAGAUUGGAGAAGGAGGAAAAGGAAAGAAACGCAAGAAAGAGCCAGGUUUCCAGCACAAAUAGAUCUGAUAAAAUCAGAACAUACAAUUUCCCACAAAACAGAAUCACUGAUCAUAGAUGUGGGUUCACGUUGUUGGACCUGCCAGGUGUCUUAUCUGGUGAAAGAUUGGACGAUGUCAUCGAGGCUGUGGCUAAAUAUGAUAGCACUGAAAGGGCGAAAGAACUCUUGGAUAGUAACUAA